CUGGAUAAUUAGAGGUUAAAUACAAAUAAAACGUAAGUUGAUCUUUUUAUGUGAUGUUUAUCGGCUGAUCGUAUAACUGGAUGAUGUCAUUCGUAUUUGUUUCAUCAUGAUUAUUGUAAGCCUCAAUGCAUAUCAAGGAUCUCACUCUUCCGCUUCAUUGGCGCACAUGUGCGUGUGCGCGCCCGGUUUCUCCAUCAGUCAUGAGAGUUGAAAGUAGCCCCACCCUCAGUCCUCAGUUCAGUUCAUGCGCGCAGUCUCGUCUUCUUCACGGGAAAGAGCAAAGAACAUUUUCCAGGUGAAAAUGUCGGCCCAGGAAGCAAAGGUGUUGUUGUCGCUGAGCAGAGAAGCUGUGGACGCGCUCAGAGAUGGAGUCAACUUCAGGAAGAGCCCAGAGGGUUCCUGUUACAUCAUAUUCAAGGGCAGGGAUGGGCUCAAGGCCUGCAGGAACCUCUGCAAGCACCAGGGGGGGCUCUUCAUCCAGGACAUGGAGGACAUGGGGGGCAGGACGGUCAAAUGCACCAAGCACAACUGGAAACUGGACCUGUCCACCAUGAAGUACGUGAACCCCCCCGACAGCUUCCUGCAGGACGAACUAGAUGUGGAGUCCCUGGAGGAUGGAGGCGUUCAGCUGGUGGAGCUAAGCCCACCCGACCCCUGGCUCACUGAUCCCAGGGAGGCACAGAAGCUCCAGGAGGGAGAAGUCAAAAUCACGUACUUGACCCACGCCUGCAUGGAGCUGCAGGUGGGAAACAGGAAGUGUCUCCUGGACCCCUGGUUGACCGGUCCGGCUUUCGCCCGCGGCUGGUGGCUCCUGCAUGAGCCGCCCGCAGACUGGAGGGAGCGCCUGUGCUCAGCCGAUCUCAUCUACAUCAGUCACAUGCACUCGGACCACCUCAGCUACCCUACCCUGAAGAUCCUGUCGAAAAAGAGGCCAGACGUUCCCAUCUACGUGGGCGACACCUCCCGGCCCGUGUUCUGGAAUCUGGAGCAGAGCGAAGUCCAGCUGACCAACAUCAACGUGGUUCCUUUUGGAGUCUGGGUGAACGUUGAUGAGCACCUGAGAUUUAUGAUUCUAAUGGAUGGGAUUCAUCCUGAAAUGGACACCUGCAUCAUUUUUGACUACAAAGGCCACCUGAUCCUUAACACAGUGGACUGCACCCGGCCUAAUGGAGGCAAACUUCCACUCAAUGUGGACUUGAUGAUGAGUGACUUUGCAGGGGGGGCAUCUGGAUUCCCUAUGACUUUCUAUGGGGGGAAGUACACUGAUGCCUGGAAAGCAGAGUUCAUCAAGACUGAGAGGAAGAAGCUGUUGAAUUACAAAGCCCAGAUGGUGAAAUCUCUCCAGCCAAAGAUCUACUGCCCCUUCGCUGGAUACUUUGUGGAGGCUCAUCCAUCAGACAAGUACAUCAAGGACACAAACAUCAAAAACCAAGCAGAAGAUCUCAAUGCACUCAUCAACAAACUCGCUCCAAACAUCCUGACCUGGACGCCUCUACCUGGAGCUGCGCUGGACCUCGCCGUGGCCCUGAGGGGUCCUCAGGACAGAAAGUGGAUCACAGACCCCCCCGCUGGUGUGAAACUCUACAAGGACAGUUGGGAGAUGGACCUGUAUGUGGAGGAGCUGAACCGUGCAGUCGGCCAUGAAAUCUUCAAGCACCACAGCUGGAUCCCGUUUUACUACAGCUGGGCAGGUUUCAGGGACUACAACCUCGUGGUGCGGGUAAUUGAGACGGACGACCACUUUGAAGCGCUGGCAGAUGGCUACGACUAUCUCGUGGACUUCUUGGAUUUGUCCUUCCCUGCCGCCCGACCUAAGAGGGAGCACGCCUACCUGGAGGUGAAGAACCGGGUCGGGGUGAUCAGACAUGUGGUUCUGCAUGGGGGCCUGUGGGACGACCUAUACAUCGGCUUCCAGAACCGCAUCAGCCGAGACCCCGACAUCUAUCACCACAAGUUUUGGAACCACUUCCAGACACACCUACCUGUCUGUGGCCCGGACUGGACGCUGUUCCUGCAACAUCUGACCCCCUCGGCAGAACCCCCUCAGCAGGACUCCCCUUACCUCUGCUGCGUGUUGUAGCUCCAGAACCUCUCUGCUUCCACACUUCAUGCCGAGGCAUACGCUGGAAAAAAAAAAAAAACUCUCAGGGUGGUGGUUAUUGCUCAUUCAAAGCCUUUAUGAAUUACUCUUGCAUACCACAUGUCACAGAAAUCAUUUUGGGGAUUCUGUUUAUUUUCUUUUACAGGACAGAUCUUUUGUUGUUUUUGUUUUAAGUUUCAUAUAAAUGGACAGUGAACCCCGGUAUUUGCAGGGGCCAACAGCUGCUAAAAGUUAGAAUUUGGCUGAACAUCCCCUCCAGAAACAUGUAUAAAUCAGCCAAAUUCUGAAUACUAAACCUCCGUACGCCUUAAAAUUCCCUCCCAAACCCUCCAGGGACAUUUCAGAUCCUUUGUCAAACAUGAUUCCAACUCUUGCAGCGAUGACUGUACACUACAUGGUUCUUUUUCUUUUCUCUGUACAAUCCAGAACCUCAUCUAACUUGAAUAACGUAAACAGCUCACUGUACUCAUGCUGAUUGUGACGACCUAGAUAUGAUACUGAUAAAAGACAUAAAAUAUUAUAUUUAACAUUCUUUAAGUUAUUUAUGUACCUUAUCUUUUACACUAGGAAUUUUUACAGACAGGAGGGAAAUUGCCAAGGUCUGACCACUCUACAAAAUGGAGAUAAACAUGUUUUUUCCAACAACAGGUCAAUAUCUCUGAAUUCCUAAUUAUCAAAAAUAUUAGAAAAAAUAUAUGUAGCUGGGCUAGACAGAUUCCUAAACGGGGAAAAUAUUUUAUGUAACAGUCAGUACAGUUUCAGAGCAAAACAUUCAACGGCAAUGGCACUAAUGGAAUUGAUGGAAGAGAUAUCGGGCUAAAAGAUCGACAACAAUAUGUACAAAUGAACAACAUUAAAUCAAAUUUAUGCAAUAUCACUUGUGGUGUACCUCAAGGGUCAGUCCUUGGCACUAAAUUAUUUAUUAUAUAUGGUUUAGAUUAAAUAUCCAAUAGUAAAUUCCAUUUUAUUUGCAGACGACACAACCUUUAAUUAUUCAGGAGACAAUAUUGACCACAUGAUCGAGGUGGUGCAGACUGAGUUAGAAAAGAUUAAAUUGUGGUUUAACUGAAAUAAACUAUUGUUAAAUGGUGAAAAAUCGUAUUUUAUGAUAUUUAGUUAUAGAAAUACAAACAAUACAGUUGAAUUAAGCAUAGAUAAUAUUAAUAUCAAAAGAAGUAACACUUUUAGGAGUUAUUAUAGACGAAAAGACACUGUAAAAACCAAAUUAGCAAAAACAAUUGCAGUAUUACACAAAGUAAAAUGGUUCUUAGACAAUAAUUCACUAUGUCUAUUUUACAAUUCCUUGAUUAUGCCAUACCUGAACUAUUGUUUAGUGUCAGGGUGAGUAGACAGAGUCAGAUGGUUAAUUAGUGAAGGUUUAUUAGCUUCACAGCAACAACAAAAUAACAAAAGGAAGCAGACUGGCAGGGAGCUAGGCUGAAGACAGCUUCACUGGAACCAGGAAGGGACCGAAUGGAAGGGAAAGAACCUGGCAGGUUGGAGGAGGUUUUGAAGGUUCGGGAAUUAGGAAGGCCACCAGGUAGUAGAGGCUACGCCUCCUGCCCCAUGCCACCCUGUAGGAGCACAAAGCAGACAACACAAAACAACAACACCAAAACCAGUAAAGGAAAACACCAAACCAGAACAGUUCAGAAAUCUGGGGUACAACUUAUGAAACCUAUACUCUUCCAAUUUACUUAUUAAAAAAAUAAAGCAAUACGAAUUAUUACAAAGAGUAAUUAUAGGGACCUGUCUAAUCCAUUAUCUAUUCAAUUAAAAUGAUUAAAAUGUUCUGAUCUUGUUAACUUUAAUAUUUUAAAAUGUAUGUAUAGAGUAAAUAUGAAAUGCCUUCCUCCUAAUUUAAUGAAAAGAUACAUAAAAAGAAAAAGUAAAUUCAAUCUAAAAGGGCAUGAAAUGUUUAUAAAACAGAAAACUUCUGAAGGAACGAUGUGUAUCAGUACAUGGAGUCAAUCAAUGGAAUAAUUUGAGCACACAAAUUAAAAACACCAACAAUAUCAGGUUUUAGAAACUACAUUGAAAACAUUAUGAUCAAUGACUAUAAAUCGAUUUAGUAUUGAUAACAACUACUCAUCCCUGAGGUAUGGCGUUCAUUUCACACUGAAUAAUGUUGAUAUUGUACAUUUUUGUUCAUUCUUUCACAAUUCUAUCUUCCUGUAUCCUAAAUCGGCUGAAUGUUUUGUGUUUUUCUUUUUUACUGAUUGAUUUAUUGAUUUGUUAAAAGGGGCAGACGAAAUCAGUUUUUCAUCUUCCUGUCCCCUUUUCAUGUUUUCUUUUUGUUUCUAUCAUGUUUGAGUUUACAACUGAAUGUGGCAUUGUGUGUUUUUCCUUUUAUUCAAUAAAAAUGAAAAGAAAAAGAAAAAAAUAUAAAUUUCCUUCUUUCUCUCCUUCUUUCAACAUAUCAAGAGAAGCGACUUUUCCUGCAGGACCUUCUUCUGCCCACUUGCAGGAAGUCUAACCUCAGAUAGUUCACACUGACUCCAUCACAUCCGAGCUACACAAAAUGCAUCAUGUUAGUGUUUGUUUCACUCCAAGGAGCCGCGGGGCUCCUGGCUCCUCCCCUGGCUCCUCCCCUGGCUCCUCCCCCUGAGCUGCUUUGACAUUUUGGAUCAUAAAGUACAUUAAAGUUAGCUUCUCCUUGUACAUUAUGGGACAUUCCAUGAAGUUACU